AUGGCGCAUCCAUCAGGGAUUGAUCAACGCAUAGAGCUUUACCCUAUCAUACUUUAUUUCUUUUUCAAGCAGAACGGUGGGUGCGUGGGAUCGCUCUAUUAUUCUCUCCACUUAAAACUAUACAGUUCCCGUUCAGGUGAUAUAGUAAACGCUACACGUCUUCUCGAAUUUGGCGUGAACGUUAAUUCUCAUGAUGCUACAGGAAUGACACCUCUAAGUGCCGCCGCCUAUAGGGGUCACACUUCUCUUGUGAAAUUGUGUAUAGACAGAGGAGCUGAUGUAAAUGACAAGCAGCACAAUCAAGGCUAUUCUCCUCUCAUGUUCGCAGCCCUUAAUUCAGGAAAGCCAGAUAUAUGUAAACUAUUGAUGGAUCAUGGAGCGCGUUCAUAUUCUACGAAUUCGAUUGGAAAGACAGCAAGUGAAAUGGCAGCCUUUGUCGGUCAACACGAAUGCGUCUCGAUCAUUAACAAUCAUGUAAGCAUCGAUCAAAUCGAAAGGUUCGUUUCUCCACAGGGUGAGACUACUGAGGAAGUCUAUCCGGAGCAUCUUUCCCGGUUUAUCCACAAGAUUUGCAGUUGGCAUCAGAUCCACCCUGUUGCAAUCACUUUCGAGCUAAGUGAAUACGAAUGCUCUGUGAAGUACCAAAAGAAGAUUCUUUAUGUGGUUGAUCGCGUUUUUGAGAGGCAGUUGCGUUGCAAGGAGGGAAACGAGGUCAUGUCUCUAAAGGUAUGGAUAAUUCUUUUCUUGUUGCGCGAGCUUUACAAGUUUAUUGCCGAUUUGGUAUCAUCUGGUAAGAGCGCUCAUGAUGCAUGUCUUGUGUAUGCGAAGUUCUUAUUAAAGUGGGAACCUGGAGAACAAGUGAGGAAAAAUUUGGAAACAUUGUUGAGAAAUGCAGUCGCGGCGUUUCCAUAUCAUCAUUCUCUCCUUUACGAGACAUUAGUCAAGGCGAUGUCUAAGACACCUUUUGGAGAGAGGCCUACCGCUUUCGACUACAUUGUGCAAGGACUCUUUGGUCAACGAUUAUUAAUGGCCAGUAAAUUUUGCGCGACAUGUGGUUCAUGUACAGCUAAGAAACGAUGUUCCAGGUGCAAGCUUUGUUACUGUUCGGUUGAAUGUCAGAAGUUCGACUGGUCGAUCCAUAAGCAAUGUUGUGAAUCAAUCAAGACCUGGAAUACUUGUUCAGACAUCAAAGAUGCCAUUUCCAUCGACGAUCUUCAGGCGCAUAUAAAUGAAAUAGACAUUUGA